GGAAGUAGAGAGGGUGUUGCGCCUGUGCGCGUGCUCGAUGUGGCCGCCAUUACUGGUUUCUGAGGAAAAGCUGCAGGGAAAGCAGCUACCGGCGGGAGCGUGGAGACCGCGGAGACCGGGAAGCUGAGAGGAAGGGAGGAAAGAAGGUGGUAAAAACGAGGACAGAGCCGGUGACUGGCAAGUUGGAAGAGAGAAGGAACCUAACUAAGAGAUGCGGCCAGAAGACAGAUUUCCAACAAGUAUUCAAAAAUGAUGAUCAGCAUAAAUCCAGUAAUAAAGAAAGUUGGACAAGAUGGAGAAUACCAUGUUGAGUUUUGAGUUACAUUUGGAUACCAUUAGAAAAUAAGGAAGAAUGAGAAAUUUACCCAUCUGUCUAAAUGAGCUCAGAAGGAUGAAAGGGGAGUGAUGAUGGCAAAAAAUAAGGAACUGCGCCCCCCAUCAUAUACCAUUAGUGUGGUAGGAUUGUCAGGAACCGAGAAGGAUAAAGGAAACUGUGGAGUUGGAAAGUCAUGCCUCUGCAACAGAUAUGUGCGACCAAAAGCUGAUGAAUAUUAUGCAGAGCAUACCUCUGUGCUUAGCACAAUUGACUUUGGGGGACGUGUUGUCAACAAUGACCACUUUUUGUAUUGGGGUGACGUAAUUCAAAUUGGAGAGGAUGGAGUGGACUGUAAGCACCACAUCAUUGAACAGACUGAGUUCAUUGAUGAUCAAACUUUCCUUCCACAUAGGAGUACAAAUCUUCAACCCUAUAUAAAGAGAGCAGCGGCUUCUAAACUUCAGUCUGCAGAGAAAUUAAUGUAUAUUUGCACAGAUCAGCUUGGACUGGAACAGGAUUUUGAACAGAAACAAAUGCCUGAUGGAAAGCUGACCAUAGAUGGUUUUGUAUUGUGCAUUGAUGUUAGCCAAGGAUGCAAUAGAAAAUUUGAAGAUCAGCUUAAGUUUGUAAAUAAUCUUUAUUCCCAUGUAGUAAAAGCAAAAAAACCAAUAAUUAUUGCAGUAACAAAGUGUGAUGAGUGUGUGGACCAUUAUCUUAGAGAGGUUCAAGGGUUUGCUUCCAACAAAAAAAACCUAAUAGUAGUUGAAACAUCAGCUCGAAAUAACAUCAAUGUUGAGACCUGUUUCACUGCACUAGUUCAAAUGUUGGACAAAACACGAGGGAAACCCAAAAUAAUUCCUUACCUGGAAGCCUUCAAAACCCAUCGGCAGCUUGUUGCUUCUGCUACUGAUAAGUUUGAGAAGCUUAUUGUGCAAACUGUGCGGGAUUACCACACAACUUGGAAAACAGUCAGUAAUAAAUUAAAAAACCAUCCUGACUAUGAAGACUACAUUAACUUAGAGGGAACAAAUAAAGCCAAAAAUACAUUUUCAAAACAUAUAGAGCAACUCAAACAGGAGCACAUUAAAAAAAGAAAAGAAGAAUAUCUUAAAACUCUACCCAGAACACUUAAUACUUUACUACCCAAACUUGAGGUGAUUGAGAACCUUAGCUGGGCUGAAGCUCUUCAACUUUUAGACAAAAAUUCGGAUUUCAGCUUAUGGUUUGUUAUGCUGGAAAACCCUCCAUGGGAUCAGUCUGACCAUAUUGACAAAGUGAAUGACAGGAGGGUUCCCUUUGAUCUUCUUUGUACAUUGGAAGCUGAGAAGAUUUAUCAAAACCAUGUUCAGCACCUAAUUUCUGAAAAGAGGAGAGUGGAAAUGAAAGAGAAAUUCAAAAAAACACUUGAGAAAAUACCAUUUAUUUCCCCUGGGCAACCCUGGGAAGAGGUUAUGUGUUUUGUUCUGGAAGAUGAAGCUUAUAAAUUCAUAAAUGAAAUAGACCGAGUGGAGGUCUACCGCAAACAUCAGCGAGAAAUUAUUGAAAAAGCCAAAGAAGAAUUCCAAGAAAUGCUUUUUGAGCACUCUGAACUGUUCUAUGACUUGGAUCUUAACGCUACACCUAGCACUGACAAAAUGAGUGAAAUUCAUGCUGUCCUUGGAGAAGAGCCAAGAUACAAAGCUUUACAGAAACUUGCCCCUGACAGAGAAUCUCUUCUUCUUAAGCACAUAGGAUUUGUUUAUCACCCCACUAAAGAAACUUGUCUAAGUGGCCAAAACUGUAUGGACAUUAAAGUAGAACAGGUACUUGCCAAUAGUCUUCUACAGUCAAACCUUGGCCGUCUAAACCUAUAUCGUGAUAGUACUAAUCUUGAUAAGGUGAACCUUCUUAUUCUUGGUAAAGAUGGACUAGCCCAGGAAUUAACAAAUGAAAUAAGGACACAAUCAACAGAUGAUGAAUUUGCUUUGGAUGGAAAAAUAUAUGAAUUAGAUCUAAGGGCCGUGGAUGCAAAUUCCCCAUAUUUUUUUAGUCAGUUAUGGGCCACUACUUUUAAACCACAUGGGUGUUUUUGUGUUUUUAGCUCAAUUGAAUCACUUAAUUUUAUUGGUGACUGCAUUAACAAGAUUAGAUGUGAAGCCCAGGCUAGGAGAGACAAAGAUGUUGCAAACCUUCCAUUUACUUUAAUUUUAGCUAACCAGCGGGAGAGCACCAGUAAGGGUUUGCCAAUUUUGCGGCAUCAAGGGCAACAGCUAGCUAAUAAACUGCAGUGCCCCUUUGUAGAUGUACCUGCUGGCACGUACCCACGCAAAUUUAAUGAGGCUCAAAUUAAGCAGGCUCUAAGAGGAGUAUUAGAAACUGUCAAACACAAUUCUGAUGUUGCCAGUCCAGUUCCCACUAUAAAAGAUCUUUCGGAAGCAGACUUAAGAAUUGUGAUGUGUGCCAUGUGUGGGGAUCCCUUCAGUGUUGAUCUCAUCCUUUCUCCAUUUCUUGAUUCUCGCACUUGUAGUGCUGCUCAGCCUGGCCAAAACAACUCCCUAAUGCUUGACAAAAUAAUUGGUGAGAAAAGAAGACGGAUACAAAUAACCAUAUUAUCAUACCACUCCUCAAUUGGUGUACGGAAGGAUGAACUAGUUCAUGGGUAUAUCUUGGUUUAUUCUGCCAAACGAAAAGCUUCCAUGGGGAUGCUCCGUGCAUUCCUGUCAGAAGUUCAGGAUACUAUUCCUGUGCAACUUGUAGCAGUCACAGAUAGCCAAGCAGACUUUUUUGAGAAUGAGGCCAUCAAGGAGCUAAUGACAGAAGGGGAACAUAUAGCCACUGAGAUUACAGCUAAAUUCACAGCUUUGUAUUCACUCUCUCAAUACCACCGUCAGACAGAGGUGUUUACCCCAUUUUUCAGUGAUGUUUUAGAUAAGAAAACUUUGAUAGAGAACUCUUAUUUGGCAGAAAGCUCCAGGGACGUUGGUCAACAAUGUGAAGAUGUUUUUAUCCACUCCCCACGUGGUAAUUCUCCAGCUUAUAGCUGCUAUCCCGAUUCAGAGGAUGAUACCGAAGCACCACCACCAUACAGCCCUAUUGGAGAUGAUGUGCAGUUGUUGCCAAAGGGUCGUUUGGAUAAUGAAGGAAAUGAGUAUCCAAUACAUAGUACUCCACUUAACGACCAUGAGCGUAACCAUAAAGUGCCUCCCCCUAUAAGACCCAAACCAGCUGCUCAGAAAUCAAAAGUUAAUAGAUUAGACCCAAACCUAGUAAAAACCAUUGAAGCUGGCAUCAGUAGGAACCCAAGAAAACAAGCUUCUCGUGUCCCCCUUGCACACACUGAGGAUUUGGAUGCUUCAGAUAACUACUCAGAACCAGUUGAUUCCAUAAACAAACCAAAAGACUUUGUCAAUGACAUCUACGCAAUCCCAGAUGAUAGUGCGAACCACUUAAUUAAAAUUCGCCACUUUUUUCCGAAUGCACAAGGAGAUGAGGAGAAUGGCAUAUCAGACGGGCCUUCAAGGGGUCAAGGAGAAAGGAGACCAUCAAAGUAUAAGUACAAGUCAAAAACUCUAUUCAGCAAAACAAAAUUAUACACUUACAGACGGACACAUUCAGAUGCCAGUGACGAGGAGGCAUUCACUACAAGUGGAAAAGACCGAAAGCGGAAACCAAAACACAGAGGAAGUGAAGAGGAUCCUCUGCUUUCUCCUGUUGACACUUGGAAAGGAGGCAUAGACAACCCAGCUAUCACCUCUGACCAAGAACACGAAGAGAGGAAGACAAAAAAGAAGGCACCAAAAGUGAAAGAAGAUAAGAAGAAAAAGAAAGACAAGUAUUUCAAAGCACCGACUAGACGGAACUGGGACAGCAAUUACUUUGGGAAACCACUGCAGGAGCUGGUGAGCGCUGAGAAGCCCAUUCCUGUGUUUGUGAAGAAGUGUGUGGAUUACAUUGAAGAAUCAGGACUAAACACUGAAGGUCUUUACAGAGUCAGUGGAAAUAAGACAGACCAAGAUAACAUACAGAAGCAGUUUGACCAAGAUAAUAAUUUGAAUCUGGCUUCAAUGGAUGUAACGGUUAAUGCUGUUGCAGGAGCUCUGAAGGCUUUCUUUGCAGACUUGCCAGGUCCUCUGAUUCCAUACAGCCUCCACCCUGACCUGUUAGAUGCAUCAAAAAUUCCGGAGAAGGUGGAACGACUUCAGGUCCUAAAAGAUAUAUUAAGAAGCUUCCCUCUUGUGAACUAUGAGGUUUUCAAAUUCAUCAUUACUCACCUCAACAGGGUCAGUCAGCACAACAAGGAUAACCUUAUGACUGCAGACAACCUAUCAAUUUGCUUUUGGCCCACAUUAAUGCGUCCAGACUUCGAGAACAAGGAGUUCUUUUCCACCACCAAGAACCACCAAUCAGUAAUAGAGACUUUUAUCCUGCAGUGCCAGUACUUCUUCUAUGAGGGAGAUCUUGUGGAUUUGCCCAGCACUACCAGUUCUCCAACUGCUCAGCACACAAACUCGGUGCUUGCUGCACCCCUUGUCCCGCUGCAAUUACCUCCACCUCUCCAACCACAACUUCUCCAACCCCCUUUACAGGCUGACACACUAAGCAUAAUAUAAACGUUUGGGGUGCUGGCUUUGUACUUUUUUUAUUUAAUAACCACAGGUCUCUACAGGCCACACUUGUUGUGGGGCAGACAUGCUGCCUUACUCAAUACAACCUGUAGUAAUAUCUUAAUGACUCGGAGAAAUCUGAUUUUUAGUUGUUUUUUUUUUUUCUGUUUGUAUUUUUUUUUUUUUUUUUUAAUUCAUUGGAACAUUUAGAGAGAUCUGUGGCAGACCUAGUGAAUUUUGCUGCUGCAUGGAACUUCUGUAGAAAUAUUUUACACUUCCCUUUUGACAGUCAUGCCACAAAGACAAUUAACAGUACACAGGCAAACUCAACAGAAGGAAAAUAAACCUAAAACAAUUUUUUUUUUCUAUAGAAAAUCUAAUUACAUUUACAGAAAUAAAUCACAUUUAUGAAGCGUUAGACUGCAUUCCCAGCCCACCUGAAGGCUGAGAUUUAUUUUGUCAUCAAAGCAUCUGUGGCUUGUGCGUACGUGGGCAUGUGUGGGUGCGUGUGGGAGCCUGGCAGUGGGUGGGUUAUGGAUUCCAUGUUGGAGAUGCUUGGAAUGGAGCUUAACCUGUAUAUUAUAAAAAUUAAUAAUUGUAUGUACAUAUAUAAAUGUUUACAUAUUUCAGGAAUAAACAUCCAUUCAUUGAA